AUGGCUACCAAGCAAUCUGUUGCUGAACUUACUUCCACUGUUACUCAGAACACCACAUCGAUUCAAGAAGUGAGAGAUGAGCUCAAUUCCUUGAAGUCGACAGUUUCUGAUGUCAAUUCCAAGUUGAAUACUAUCCUCGAUCUACUUGGCAACCAAUCUCAACAUCAAUCAGAUCCAAAAGAUACCCCAGAUCCAUCUGGUGAGUCACAAUCUGACCCUGUUCAUUCUUUCAACAAUCUUCGUCACAUCAUCAAUUCGAUGUCUCCUAACAAUCACAGUAAGUUCUCACACACUCCCAAAGUCGAUUUCCCCAGAUUUAAUGGAUCUAACCCUCGUGGUUGGGCUCUCAAAUAUGAACGAUAUUUUGCCUUUCACAAAUUUCCGGAUGAGGAACGUGUGGAUAUGGCCGCAAUUCAUUUUGAUUCACAGGAUAAUUAUGUGGGCAGUUUCAAUAAGUUGGCUCAAACUACAACGGUUGAGGAUUAUUUCGAUAAAUGGGAGCAUUAUAAAGGGUUUAUGGUAGCUAAUAACCCUACAUUACCUGAGAGUUUUUAUACCCUUAGCUUCAUUAGUGGGUUGAAGGAGGAGAUACGAGCAGCAGUGCAAAUGUUUAAAUCAGAAACCGCAACUGAAGCCUUUGUCUUAGCAAGACUGCAACAAGCCUCUUUGCUUCACCACUCAAAACCUCCUAAAACAUUUUCUAGACCUUUUGUUCCAACACCAUUGUCUGUGUCUCACCCACCCUCAACGGUGAGAAAAGACAAAUGGUUAUGCUACAAUUGCGAUGAGUUCUACAGACAGGGCCACAGGUGCAAGACACAACAAUUAUUUAUGCUUAUACUUGAUGAUGAGAUAGAGGACUCCACCCUAGUAUCUCCUACUGACUCUACUGUUUCUUCACCAACUACUAGUGACUCUAAUAUUGAGAUAUCUUUACAUGCUUUAACUGGACAUGUGGUCCAUGAUACCAUUAGAAUUUUAGGUCAUCUGAAGUCACACCCUAUUCUGGUUCUAGUGGAUACUGGCAGUACCCAUAGUUUCAUUGACUCCAAUAUUGUCAAGAAACUACACAUUCAUACAUCUCCCACAGGGUACAUGGUGGUGACAGUAGACAAUGAAGACAUCAUCACUAGUCAUGGUCUUUAUCAAAACCUUCAAUGGGAAAUGCAGGGGCACAGAUUCUCAAAUGACUUGAGGGUACUUCCACUAGGGGGAUAUUACAUGGUCUUAGGAGAUGAUUGGUUACAACAGUUGGGAGAUGUCACCUUCAAUUUUUCUCAGUUGAGGAUCUCUUUUCUUCAUCAAGGCAGACAUAUCACACUUCAGGGAAGUUCUUCUAAACCUUCUCUUAACCUUAUUGACGAACCUACUACACUCCCACCCCCUAGAAAUAUGGACCACAAAAUUCCACUCAAGCCAAAUUCUACCCCUACUUCACAGAGACCCUAUAAAUGCCCUUACAUCCAUAAGUUUGUGGUAGAACAAUUGGUACAAGAGAUUCUUUCUACAGGGCUUAUUCAAAAACGUUACAGUCCAUUUGCUUCUCCAAUCCUCCUAGUGAAGAAGAAAUAUGGCACAUGGAGAUUUUGUGUAGAUUAUAGAAAAUUAAAUGAAUUAACUGUUAAGGAUAAAUUUCCUAUACCCUUGAUUGAUGAGCUAUUGGAUGAACUCAAAGGAGAAGUUAUAUUCUCUAAAAUAGACUUAAGGUCUGGCUAUUUUCAAAUCAGAGUUUUUGGCCCUGACAUUCACAAGAAAACUUUCAGAACUCAUCAUGGACAUUAUGAGUUUAAGGUGAUGCCUUUUGGCCUCACAGAUGCACAUGAUACCUUCCAAGCUCUAAUGAAUGAAGUAUUUCAGCCCUUUCUAAGGAAAUUUGUUCUUGUUUUCUUUGAUGAUAUCCUUAUUUAUAGAAAAUCCAUGGAAGAUCAUGUUCUACACCUACAACAAGUUUUCUCUGUUCUCAGGCAACAUUCAUUAUAUGCCAAAUUGUCUAAGUGUGUUUUUGCUCAGCCUCAGAUAGACUAUCUGGGCCAUCUCAUCUCUGCAGAAGGAGUAGCUGCUAAUCCUGAAAAAAUUGCUGCUAUGACCAACUGGCCUUUACCUUCCAACUUGAAACAAUUGAGAGGAUUCUUGGGUCUCACAGGAUACUAUAGAAGAUUUAUUAGAGGUUAUGGUACUAUCUCUAAACCUCUUACUGAUAUUCUUAAGAAAGAUGUUUUCAGUGGUCUCAUCAGCACAUGA